UUCAUCCUUCCACCUCUCACUUCUCCUGACAAGCAUCAGAGCGACGUGAUUCUUAUGCUUCUAUGCUUCUAUGCUCCUCCGCUCCUACGCACCUGCAUACCGUGACAUACGGAUACGAGAAUUCAAAGACAUUUAUCACUCUCUGAUCUGCUCUCGUGCCGAGUUGACCUCGACGGGCGAGAGGAGAGAAUUUUUCCCCUGAAGUAAGGAGUAUAUCGCAGCGCAAUCGCAGUUUCCGAGCCUCUCGACUUUGUCAACGUCAAACAAACGUCAUCGUUUGGACUAAACCUUCAAGUUUCGCAAUCACGCGAAUCCAACGACACCACCGAACUCGAGUACUCGUAAUUGUUAAUGCUUGGGCCGGACCAAAAACGACUCUACCAAUGUAAUUCCGGAAACCUCACCCAACCUCUACUCGGUACACCACCAUCCAAAGCAAAGGCCAAAGGACAGACAGAAACACGAAAACAGACGCAAAUACCGACACGGAACAUCAACACGGAACAGCAGUCCAAACGUCACCCCUCAACUCAUCUUUCCUCCAUUUCGGGCGUCUUCUGUCUCUGCCGCAUUCAGCAAAACUCAAUCAUCGGCCUCUGCAGAUAGUGGUACCUGGAUUGUCAUCAUCAUCAACCUCAUCCUCUACCGCAUUCUGGAAGGAUCUGUGGUAGGAAGGUCAUCGGUACGUCGGCACCGUCAACGGCCAGCCAACCUAAUCCAACGUCCAGUACGAGUACGGACUCUGCACCUACGAUAUCUGCCCUUCAAGGGAUUGGUAUCUUCCAGCCACCCAGCAUUGGAUAGGCCGUACUGUACAGUUACAUACCGCACUUCGGCCCCUCUACAUCCUCCUCCGUCAGCCACAAACAUUCGAUCCGAUCUGCUGGGCCAACCGCAAGCCACAGGCGUUCCCAUUUCCAUUUCCAUUUCCACGCGCGCUCUUCGAAGACACCUCGAAGACACUUCGAAGACGCUUCGAAGUUCAUCAACUUGAGACGCCAGAGUUUGGAGCCGAGCCUUCACAAAUUUACUUCGUACCAGUACGAGUAAUACUUACAGUAGUAGCAUCCCAAUUCAACAUGGCCAGUCGAUCCUUCAAGCCUGCGUCAUACUUGGCAUCCGCCGCACAACCAAAGCCAAGCCGCACCCACCGCCCGUCAUUUGUCCGGAACAGCUCGGCCUCCUCCACUUCCUCCAACAAGAGCGACGAGGGCUUCAUGGCAACGCUGCGCUCCCUGAAUGUCAGAGACGCGAGUCCCGCGGGGGGUGCUGCUCGUCGUGUACACGGUCACAGUCACAGUCACAGUCGACACAACAGUAAUGGUGGUGCUGGUGGUGGGGACGAAAGGGUGACGGGUACAUCCACAACCGCUUCUGUCCUUGGUAAGUCAUCUUCUCCGCCAUCAAUGGUUCGUUUCCAUCCACACGCAUGCAGGCCGUUGUGCAUGGUGGGGCGAAAUGCGAUUCAACAGGGUGCAGCUGGUGACGGGAGUGGCUGCCGCUAGGUACCCCGCCGCCGCUAAGUCCUGUUAUCACCUAACGACGAUACUCAAUGGGGGCAUCGGGGCAUCGUGUGGAGACCGUGAGACUAAUGCUGAUCGCAUCUUAUGCUCAUUAGGCAAUAAUGGUGGUACCCUGAUUUCGAAGUCAAAAACCGAAGACACCCCCCAAACAGAGAGAACAAAACCCAUCGCCAUCGAGCUUCCUGCAAGAAAUCUACCAACAACAUACACACCUUUGACUGGACGAGGAGAUUUGAAAGGGUAUGUCGAUACAAUAUAACACAACGCCCCCUAGUAAUAUAUACUCUCCUCGAUACUAACAGAUCACAGAGGAUAUUUCCCAGGCUUUGAAGAAUCACCUCCUCCAAAAUACAGACCACACCCCUUCAUCACUGGAUUAUCAUCAAAAGUCCCACCAUCAUCAGAAGAAGUAACUACUCCCGGAUCACCUUCCAACAUGUCGGCCUGUUCAUUCACCUCGUCGCCUGCUACCGACUCGACCCCAAGGGUUCCUACUUCUGGUCUCACUGCACCCACAACAAAUGUAUAUCCUCGCGUCCCGGAUCUUGAUGCAUUCACCAUUCCAAAAGGAAAAUACUAUCCGUCAAACUAUAUCACACCAAUGACUUCCCAAUCAUCUACUCCUCGAACAAGUUUGACACCUGUGGCAACCAGUCUACAAAUUCCCGCCUAUAAUAACACAAACAACAAGAAGCGUCCCUCGCACGAGAGAAACAACAGCGAUGUCAAGAGAAAGCUGCAACAAUACCAAAGAGAUAUGAUUGCACAAGCACGAGCAGCAUCUCACGCACCUCCAAGCGAUAUCACAUGGACAGUUCCAAGACCAGUCAGCCCUCGACUUGCUCCUUUGGGCAGCCCUGGACCCAUCACCCCAUUGGAACUUGAGAACAACGACGGAUACCUUGCUGCUGGUUCUCGUCACUUGAUCGAUAACAAUGAACGAAACUUGGUUGAAAAUUUCAUUGGGGUUGAACGUCGUCGGAUGAACGCUCGUACUUGAAACAUCUUUGGCUAAAUAUAUCGACUCGCUGGACGGGUUAUCCUAGAAGGAUACAUACAUACAUACAUUACAGACAUAGAGCAACACGGCUCAUUGGAUGCAGCGCAUGUCGAUUGAAAAGCCGAAUUCUCCCCUCGAACAUCAUACACUUUCACUCAAACCCAUAAAAAGUUGUUCUUUUCCGCCGGCACCUUGCACAUACACGACGAGCGGCAAAAUUUGCAUAGAUGGAUUUGGGUGCAUGGUCUUCACCAAGUGCUGGUGUUGACUCUUUCUCUUUCUUUUGUUACGUUUAUUUUUUUCCCCUUUGAGAUAGUUUUCUUUUGUUAUCUGGCUAGGCACGGGGCGUAUUCGGAAUACCUUUUUGCUUUUCCUUCUUUACUUACGUCUAUCCUCGAUUCUUUUGGGGAUGCAAAGACUUUCCAUAGGAAUAGAAUAUCGAAGAUUGUAUGCUUGCUUGCUACAAUUCCACUCGUUUUGUUUGUCGUUGGCAGGGUACAUAGUCGAUGAGAUGGCCUGAGAUACAGUAUGGGAGACAUGGAUAGUCCAUAUUCGAUAGGUUGGCCAUGGAGAUGGGGAUGGGUUCAUCAAAUAGCAAGAAUGAAAGCGCUCAAAUUUACUAUACCUCCU